AUGGAGACAGAAGAUGUUUCCCUUGGCCGUCUGUAUGAAGAAACAAGUGUCAUCCACAAAAGCAUAGUCCGUGAUGUAGGCCAAGCAAUGGCCCACAUCAAAGCAAUUGUCGAGCAGAAGCCAGAAAACGAGGGCAUCGGGUGUGGUGGAGGUGCUUUGCAGCUCACGGGGGUGAGGUCGGUAAUCCCCAGCUCCACGGUGGGCAGCCCAGAGGCGAGGACAGGUCAAGCCUGUAUGCUGAGGUGGAGGGUUUCUUGUCAAACAGAUAGAGAGUGGAACCCAGACCACAGAAAGCAAAACAGUUCCGAGAGCAAUUUUAGACUUUUGAACAACGGUAGAGGGAUACUAAAGCUGCUGGAGCGGCUGCCUUCGUUAAAGAGGCGGCAAGCAAUCUGGGCCCAGUCUAAUAGGAGGAAAAAGUUGAGGAAGCAAACCCGAUGA